CGCGCUUGAUCAUCUCAAAUCUGAUUGGCGGAAGUCCCACGCUGAUCUACCAAAGCACGCCGACGCGUUCCUGAAGCCCUGGAGCCGUUUCCCGUAGACCGUGGCCAGCUAGUUCGAAGCACCCGUUGACUGUACGUGAUUCCAGCGUCUCGUGUCGAGCUUCAGCAGACCUUCGCAAUGGCCCAAAGAGUGUUCCUUCGUACAGGCCGGGGCCUGGCGCUCACUCCUCGCUCACUGCAGAUCACCCGCCCCUUCAGUACUGUUCUCGAUACCCCAGUCGACCCAGGAACUCAGCAAUUACGCUCUGUAGCCCGGGCAGGCUCCGUCUUUGAGAAUGCACUCAAUGCAAGUGCCCCCAGGACCAACUGGACAAAGGAGGAGAUCUCCGAAGUCUACAACACUUCACUGAUAGAUCUCACAUAUGCAUCGGCUUCGGUGCACCGGCGCUUCCAUGACCCCGCAGCCAUCCAGAUGUGCACACUAUUCAACAUCAAAACAGGAGGUUGCAGCGAGGAUUGCUCCUACUGUGCACAGUCAUCCCGUUACGAUACCGGUCUGAAAGCCACAAAACUAUCUUCGGUUGAUUCCGUCCUGGAAGCUGCGCGAAUUGCUAAAGAGAAUGGGAGCUCAAGAUUCUGCAUGGGCGCUGCCUGGAGAGACAUGCGAGGCCGCAAGACGAAUCUUAAGAACAUCAAGGAAAUGAUCAAGGGCGUGCGUGGCAUGGGCAUGGAGGCGUGUGUUACCUUGGGCAUGGUCGAUGCUGCGCAAGCAAAGGAACUCAAAGAUGCUGGACUGACUGCAUACAAUCAUAAUGUUGAUACUAGUCGAGAGCACUACCCAAGUGUCAUCACAACUCGCACGUACGAUGAGCGACUCAACACCAUCAAGAACGUUCAGGAAGCUGGCAUCCACGUAUGCACUGGUGGUAUCCUUGGUCUAGGGGAGAAGGCUCGUGAUCAUGUCGGACUCAUUCACACCGUUGCGACAUUGCCCGCCCAUCCUGAGUCCUUUCCAGUCAACGCCCUGGUUCCAAUCAAAGGCACUCCACUUGGAGAGACCGAGGCGAUCUCCUUCGACGCCAUCCUGCGAACCAUCGCCACUGCGCGUCUAGUCAUGCCAACAACCAUUAUCAGACUAGCAGCUGGUCGCCACACGAUGCGCGAGGAGAAACAGAUCAUGUGUUUCCAAGCGGGUGCCAACGCUGUCUUCACUGGCGAAAAAAUGCUGACUACUGCUUGCAAUGGUUGGGAAGAGGACAAGGCCAUGUUUGGUAGAUGGGGACUCAGGCCUAUGAAGAUGGAUGAGACGAUUGGAGAGAGGCGCAAGCUUCCUGGACAGGAUGAGGCUGAGGCAGUUGUUGCUGCUGCUGAAGCGGAGGCAACGGUUCAGGCACUUGCCUAAAGGCCAUGGUAGUCUACACAAGACGGCUAAUACAUAAACAUUACAAAGUAGAAACGUUUGUGCACCUAUUCAAAGCUAAAGUUUGGCUCUCGUAACUGGCUCUAGUGUAUUGUCCUGUAGCAUCUCAGCUGCUUGACUCUCACACCAUUCUCCAAGGAGUUCAACAAGCCUCUCCAGAUCCGCAAAUGUGUUACCGGCAUGUAAGCAGAUUCUGACCCUAGCAGUACCCACUGGCACUGUCGGUGGUACCACAGCUCGAACCAUCAUACUGUGACUUUGCAGGAAGCUUGCCAAUACUUUU